CCCAAACAAGAAACCAUUCCCCUCCUCGAACUAUUCACCCUUCCCCUCACACUUUUUAAAGCUUCAAUUUCAGUCACCAACCAAUGGAAAUUUCUAACCCUAACGAUCCCCAAGAAACCAAACCCACCGCCACCACCGCCCCUAUCCCCACUCUUUCUCAAACACCUAACACCAGCAGCAGCAGCAGUGAUAAUAAUAACCCCCCUCACAAUAAUAACCGCAAGUGCAAGGGAAAAGGUGGACCUGACAACAACAAGUUUCGUUACCGCGGCGUCAGGCAGCGGAGCUGGGGGAAAUGGGUGGCGGAGAUAAGAGAACCGCGCAAGCGGACCAGGAAGUGGCUCGGAACAUUCGCCACCGCCGAAGAUGCCGCCAGGGCCUAUGACCGUGCUGCUUUGAUCCUCUACGGUUCUAGGGCACAGUUGAAUCUGCAACCCUCAGUUUCCGUCAAUUCUAACUCUUCUAAUUCUUCGUCUCGUGGCGGUUCUUCUUCUUCUUCUUCUUCCUCCACUCAAACGCUUAGGCCUUUGCUUCCUCGCCCUUCCGGGUUCACCUUCUCAUCCGGUUCCCGGUUUCCCGUUGUGUUUAACGGCCUCCACAAUAACAAUAAUAAUAAUAACUUCUCUGCUGCUACCGCCUCGGGUUUCGUGCCAUUUGGGGUUUUCCCUUUUAGUAACGGUAAUAAUAACAGUGUUGUUGCACCACCACCGGUGCAGUUUCAUCAUCAGUAUUCACCACAAGUGCUGCAAAUUCAGCAGCAGCAGCAGCUUCAGCAGCAACAACAACAGUGUCACCAUCGUCACCAAAAAGCCGAUGAAUCAGGUGGAACAACUUCAAUUAGGUUAACCUCGCAUCAGAAUAAUAAUAAUAAUACUACUAAUCAUCCUUCGGGUUAUGUUCAUCGUCCUCAUCAAGAGAGUUGCAUGGUUAUGGAAGAAGAAGUAUUGAAUUAUAGUAAUAAUAAUAACAAUCUCGCUGUGGAUUCAACAUUGUCUUCCUCAGAGGUUGGAGCAGAUGCAGUGGUGGAUCCAGAUCCGGAUCCGGAACCGGGUAUCGGAUCUAUGUGGUCUUCGUUGACGGAGGAGGAUUAUCCAGUUAGCUUGUGGGAUUACAAUUACAAUGAUCCAUACUUUUGUUUGAAUUUUGAAGAAAUUUGAUGGUGCAUGCAGUAGCUUCAUUCAGCUUCAUUAUUGAUUUUGUUAAUUGAAGUCAAAUUACAACAUAGGUACUCUUAAUAGUUGAUCGAAUCCAUUGAUCUGAGUUUUAUAUAGUGCAUUAGACCAUAUAUAAGUGGACUACUAUUGUGAAUAAAGUGUGGGUAGAAAGGAACCCAAAGUUCAAAGUAGUUGUGAAUAAUUUCUGGUGGAAUAAUUUAUCUGGAUAAACCCUAGGAUUGUGAUUUGAUUGAAGGUCAGUUUUUUCUUCUUCAAGCUCUCAAUGAUUUACAAUAGUAGUUAUUAUUUGUUUAUUUAUGUAUUGUUUGAUUA